AUGGUCUACGGUUCACUUAUUGAAAAAGUUCUCACGCUUUCAAAGGUAUGUAACAUGUUGUUGACUUUUGUGUUGAAACUGCCUCUUACGGUUGUGUGUAAUGAGUAUUCGCUAUCAUGGCCUCAGAAUGUGCCGGUGACCGUUUUUUCUCGGAACAUAUCUUCUGUUUUUCUCGUGCAAAGUCUGCCUCAUGAGUUGUACAAUACCACGUGUCCAUUCAUUCAAUCCAACCGUGCGUACGUCGCCUUAUUGAGCACUUUGGCGCUGGAUAAUACACCUCGAGUGCAGCAUGCCACAAAAUUGACGAUCUUGGGAUCUCUUCACGAAAAGGUUAAAGAAUGUAGCUCAUGA